UCCUACGUUGUCGCUGACUGACUGACAACGUCCAGGCUUUGCUACUCUAUGGUCUGUUUUGCUUUGAUGUAGGGAUCUGUUUGGGGUCUUGUAGCUGAAACUGUCAACCCGCAUAUUCCAGAGCUCUCUGUAAUUAGCCUCUCUGUGCUCUUUCCUUGUAACCAUGCAUAAAGUUUUGUAUAUGUCACAUACUACGUUAUGGGGUCCAACUUGGUGGCCUCAUUCUAGUCUGUAGAUGGAUGUAUGAUGAUGCUCGUAUCUUCCUCGAGCUCGACAGCUGGUCAUCUGCUACAGGCUGUUUAGCUGAGAGUGUUUUUCUAUCUGUGUUUAGCAGCCUCAAGAAUCAAUAGAGAUUUUGUACAACAACAACUAUCAACACGAUAGUGGCUUGCAAUACCUCAUAUAUGUAGCUAAUGUACUUCCAGUGAGGACGUCGUGAUACUGCUUGUUGAAGUUGUCACAUUACAUUUCAUCUCCAACCGGAAAGAAGCGUAACUGUUUACCACAAAGGAAUUAUUCAUGCGUCCUUUAGUUUGAUAUAUGGACAUAGGAUGUUGUAAACAUCGUAAAAAAUUACGGAAGCAGUUGACAUUAAAAUAGCUUUUCGACGACCAUUUAGAAUAAAAACACUACAACACUAAAAGACUUUUAUUACACUUGUAAAAAGAGUACGACAAAACUGUUCCAUAAGUGAACUAUCUUAUCCAAUAAGCACAAACCAUUGGACAAUUUUUUUGCACUCGCAAUCUGAGUACAGACCAAAACACUGACACUUUAUAUAGACUCAUACUUUUACUAUACUUUAUUUGAAAAUUUAAUUCAAUUAGUCAUUAAAAGGAGGCUUUUGCGCGUUAGGUCACAAUUUAAACUUUAAAAUUUAUCAAGCCAGAAGGAAUACUGUUUUUUUCUGAAUAACAUCAAUAGUGCAAUCAAAAUCCGAGUUUCUACCAGCUAAAUAUGUGAACGAGUCUUUUGCUGGAAUAAUAACAAUAUUUGGAUCUUUAAAAUACCUAGCUAUUCCAAAAAGAGGACUUCAUUAGCUAAACAAACCGUAAACUAAGAUUCUUCGGCAUUCGUCUCGGGCCAUCAAGAAUUGUAAGAGGCAAACUUCCCUUAUUAUUCUCAAACGGGGCUUUAAAAGAUUGGUACUACAUUGAACACCUCAGCAUAGAAAUUAUCUCUAGUCUAGACGCAAACCUAUCAAAUCAAGCACAUUACAGUUGUCCAGAUAAUUUCCUGAUAUAUGUUAUAAUUCAUGAAUUCUUCAAAUGUUGAUGUUCUGUGCACCGGGAACGAAGGGACAUCUUCAUAUCUGUUACAUGGUAAUGACUGUCUCAAUAGUGACGGGGAAGUACUGGAAUCCCUGCUGCAGAAAAUCCAUAGCCUUGAAAAAGAACGUCGGAUUCUUAAGCUUCGUCUGGAGGCUGUUGAGAGUGAUUACGAUGCUCAAGUAAAAGAACUACAGACGGAUAUAAUCGCCAUGCGUAUAGACCUGAAAAAGGAAAAAGAAAUGUGUAGACAGAUGGAACGAGAGAAAAAUACUACUAUAUCUGAGUUAAUCCAACAGAAUCAAUCUUUAACAUGUCGGCUUAAUUCUUCCAGUGAGAAUGAAGCUCUUUUAAGAGAAGAAAUGUCUAACUUGAGGUUGGAAUUUUUGAAGCACAAAUCUUCUAUGCAAGAACAUGUUCAGUCAAUCGAGUCUUUGAGACAAGAAAUCACUAAGUUACGUGAGGAGAAAAAUCACUUGGAAAACCAGUUAAACACUGUUAUGGAGGAAAGAAAUAGCCUUCUAGAGUCACUUAAUGAUUCUUAUCAAGAAAUAAGAAUGAUGAGACAUGUGACUGACGAACACGUCGCUACCAUAAAUAUUCAAGACGCAGAAAUUACAAGACUUCAAGAGACAGCUAGUAUACUUCACAACCGGCUUCAUAAAUUGUCAAUCCAAUCAGGUGAACAGAAAUCUAGUAGCAAUGAGGAUGAUCGUGUUAAACCAGUAGACUCUCACCCGCAUCGUUCUUUAAUGGCUGAACUGGCUGAGCAAAAAUUGAUUCAAGCAGAGAAUCAUAAUUGUUUGCCAUUUACUGUGGAGGAUGAUGAUAAUGUGGAGUUUGAAAUGGAUGACGAUGCAUACAUGGCUUACUUAUCAUGUUUUGAUCAGGAUAUUCUUCCAGUUAGUUCUUUACCGUCUGAUUCACAUAAUAUCUCAUUGGAAUCUUCUAAUGUGAAUACGAAGGAAACAUUUAUAAACGAACUGAGGUCGGAAGUAACGGAAAUUUAUCAGCAGAUUAACCAAAUGUGUGUUGAAUUAUAUGCUUUCACUGGAACGAAACAAGAAUCUUGUAGUAAAGUUGGUACACAUACUCCUGAUGAAUUGGCCAUGGUUGAAAUGGAUUUUCGCUUGGGCUCAUUACGUUCUGUUUUAACUGAUUUACGUGGACUGUUGAAAGAUUUGAGGAUUGAGAUUCCAGAACAGCCUACAUCAUCUAACCAAUCUAAAGAUACAGUAACAUCAGAUGGAAAUAAAGCAAAAACAGUUGAACCUCUUCGCAUGUCCAGUCCAACUAAUGUGCAGGAUAUUCCACUUGCUAAUUAUGAAAUGGAAUGUCAACUUGUUCGUUCAGAACGUGAUGCACUUGCAGCUGAACUAUUGAAUGCACAACAAGAACUUCUUGAACUAAAAAGUCAAAUUGAAAAUGGUUCAGGAAACUCUAGUGAAGUGCAAAAUUUGCAAAACAACAAAGGAAAUAAUUUUGUCGCUAACUGGGAGGAGUUUGAAGAAGAAAAAUACGAAUUUGAAAUGCCUCUCUAAAUUAUCUAAUUUUAUUGAAUAUCUUAUUAUUCAAGGCUAUCAUAACUGCUGCAUAAUUUAAUACAAUGUUUGUUUCCUGUCUUUUCUUUCCUCGUUUAGUCAUAUGUGUAUAUCGUUUAUGCGUUACUAUGAUUAUGACUAUAAUUAUCGUUUUCAUAGACAACCGAAAUCGAUUUUUCUAAAUGUGUUUUUCUUCUAACAGAAACAUUCUGUGAUCUCAAACUGAUUGCAUUUAAUAUUAUUUUCCUUUUAUAUUUCUUGUUACUUAUACUGUCAUUAUUAAAUACUCAAUGAUUUGAAUUAAAUAUUUCUCAAACUUCAGUAUUACGCAUCGCGUUAUUACAUUACCAUAGAUAAGUUACAAAUAUAUU